AUGGGUCAGCAAAUAUCUUGUGUGAAGAAAGCGGUAGACAAGUGUGUGUACAAUUCCCAACUAAGUACACCACUUCAGUCAAACACGCCAAAUCCUCAUCAGCUUGCUGGUACUGCUGAGGAAGAUAGAGGAGAGAGGAAGGUGAGAGAGAAGAAGAGGGUGAGGAAGAAAAGGAGGUUUUGGAGGAGGCUGGCCUGUUUCCACUUCUCUCGCCCAAGAGCUGGUCAGGACGGGAAAGCUCAGGGUGAGAAACUGGAGCAGGCUGGAUCUUCUAGGUGCUCUACUGAUGAUCAGAUUUCUCUACAGAACAUCACAUGCACUACAAAGGACUGUGCUCAUCAGGAAGCUCCUAGCAGCAGCUCCGACGUCCUCUCCUCUUCUGAGGAGCAGCAGAUGCAGGAGCAUCUUGAGCCUCGUGUUCAUGAUAGUCCAGUUAAUCUGUCAGAAGGUGAGAUUGUGUCCCCGCUGACAGAACAACAGGACAAUGACGUGGUCAUGAGCACUGAGAUGUUUAAUCUUUUAAUAGACAUCUGCUUGAACUACAACAUUGGCGCUAAACUGGGGGAAGGAGGAUUCGGUGCUGUUUUUGAGGGAGUGCGAUGCAAGGAUGGCCUUCCGGUGGCACUGAAAUUUGCCAGAAAAACGGAAAACAUGGAAUAUAUCAACAUUCAUGAUCAUGCCAAACCCGUUCCCCUGGAAAUCGGCCUGACAGUCCUUGCCAAUAACGGUCCCAGCUCACCCCAUAUCAUUGAGCUGCUGGACUGGCAGGAGCUCCCCGACCAUUAUGUUAUGGUCUUGCAGCGCCCCUCGCCCUGUGAGAAUCUCUCCGUCUUUUCGGAGUGCUGUGGGGGCAUCUUUGACGAAGAGUUUGCACGGCAUGUGAUGCAGCAGGUCAUUGAGGCUGCUGACAAAUGUUGCAGCCGCGGAGUUCUUCAUAGAGACAUCAAACUGGAAAACUUGUUAGUGAACACGGACUCCCUGGACGUGACACUGAUUGAUUUCGGCUGCGGGGACCUGCUGCAUGAAAUGCCAUACAACACCUUCAGUGGCACAAGGAAGUACUGCCCCCCUGAAUAUCUAGAGACGGGCAAGUACAACGGACGGCAUGCAACAGUGUUUUCACUGGGGGUCGUUUUGUACACUUUGGUUUGCGGCUAUUAUCCAGACCACACUGAUCUGGACAAGAUCAAGGACUGGCUGUGGUAUCUGCCCAGCUUGUCAAAAGAAUGCAGCCAUUUGAUCAACGCCUGCCUGCAUCCCAACCCUGAGGAGAGAAUUCCUCUUGACAGGCUCCUUCUCCAUGACUGGUUUAAGGUCAUCCCAUAAGUCGUGGAGACAAGAGCACCCUGCCACGGCCACCCAGGAAGUGUUCUUUAGUCAGCUUAGUGUCAGCACACGAGUGGCCCCUCCAUCCCUCCAGUCCUUAGCGUCUUGCGAGGCUGACAAGCUUGAAGCAGCAAUGUUUGUGUCUUGUGUUAUUGCUGCCUAGGGAUGUGUACAUAGGUUUCUGUACAUAGUUUGUUUGCAACUGUUUUAAGUGCCCUAUGAUGGGCACCCCAGUCUCAGAGUUGCUGCCCACUGCUAGAGCUUGCUGUCCCAACCACACCAGUGCCAGAUUUCAAUCUUGGCUGUCCCAGAGGAUCUGUUAUGGCUAUCCAGAGCUUCCUGUCAAAGAUGCCCCUGAGCUUUUUGUUUUGGUGACUGUAGGCAGUAGUUCUGCCACGGCCAUCUUAGUCUCCAAAGUUCUGUCAUGGCUACCCAGGUCCUAAACUCCCUGCCAUGGAUAGCCCCAGCCAGAGCCGCUAACCCAUUUC